AGUCACCGUACGCAUGCGUAGUAGUCCAAAAUAGACUUCACUUGUUUCCCAUCUGCAAGUUGGAUAGCUGUGAAACAAUAUAAUUUAGGGCCAUGGCCCACGAUCAGUCAUCCCUAUUGCUUCGAAAACAGUUGAGGGAUUUAAACAAGAAUCCAGUUGAAGGAUUUUCUGCAGGAUUAAUUGAUGAUGAUGAUAUAUAUAAAUGGGAAGUUGUUAUUUUAGGACCUGGUGACACAAUUUUUGAAGGAGGUGUUUUUAAAGCUCAUUUAACUUUUCCAAAAGAAUAUCCACAUCGUCCACCUAAGAUGAAAUUUGUUACCGAAAUGUGGCAUCCAAAUAUUGGACCUGAUGGUAGUGUGUGUAUUUCUAUAUUACAUGAACCCGGAGAUGAUAAAUAUGGAUAUGAACAGGCAUCAGAAAGAUGGUUACCUGUUCAUACAGUAGAAACUAUUUUAUUAAGUGUUAUCUCAAUGUUAGCCGAUCCUAAUGAUGAAUCACCAGCAAAUGUAGACGCAGCAAAAAUGUGGCGAGAACAACCAGAUGAUUUUAAAAAGAAAGUUGGUCGCCUUGUUAGAAAAAGUCAAGAUGAAUUAUGAUAAUAAAUAACACUGGUUAAAAAUUCUUGCAAGUUUGAUAGGAGAGAGAUUUAUUUGAGAAGUAAAUAUCAAUUAAUGCAACAAAUCCAAUCCUCAGACUAAGUUUUGUUGUAUUAAUAAGUUGUUAUAUUCGUGAUUGCCAUUGUUGGACAUCAUCGAUUUAUAAAUCAUCCAAUCACAAAGCCUUAUUUUUAUCACAUGUCAUUCAUCAUAUUAACAAUUUGUGGGUAUAAUACGCAAUAAUUAAUCCUAAAGUAAUGUUAUUCAGUCUUCUAUAUAUUCUAGUCUAAUAAUUAGAACGUUUUAAUAUCAAUGAAAACAAUCUCUUUAACUGCUUCCAUAUGAUAAUGUAUUUCAUGGCUAGAGUAUCUUUAAAUACAUUCUGGCAUUCCCCAUAGUCCACGAGUAAUUCAUUAGUUGGAAUGGAGCUUUAAUUGUUGUAUUGAGGUGGUGACCGGACUUAGUGUUUGAUAUUUUCCUCGGAACUACAGUGGAUCAGGUUGUAAGCCCAGAUGUUUUAAAUCAGAAAAUAAUUUUGACAGAUAUAUAAAUAUCAAAUUUUAAAACUGCUUCCAGUGAAUUAUAUCUGAUUUAGAUUAAAUAUAAUUUCUCCCAUAUUGUGUAAAGAGCUGUGAUGGAGGGAAUAGUUUUAACCCUUUUCCAUAGAAAUUAUAUUUUAUUUAAAUUAAACUUAUUUUCUCCCGUAUCAAUCUGUGUAACUGUAAUGAAGUAUGUAAUUUCAAGUAUAUAAGUAGGCUGUAGUGAUGGCAACGUGAAAAUAGACGAAUAUGGAUAUUUGAGUAAUUACCCUCAAAUUGUCAUUCAGCACAUUUAAUUGAAAUGAGUGAGGGUUUAUGGGAUGUUUUUUUCCCUAAUUUAUCCUUUAGCCGUCAUUUAUUUCACUUCAACCACAAUAGCUCUUUCCAUAAGAAAAUUUGUUCAAACUGAACUUAUUAAAGGUUACUAACAAGUUAGAAAUAUGCCUGAAAUUAGAAAUUAAAAAGGCCUUUACUAAAAAAGAUGUUCAAAAUAAAUUUAUUCUAAAUAAUGUUUGUUGAUUGAUGUCCCUGUGGGUACCGAGUUAAGUCAGUUGUGGAUUGUCCGGGAAUAAUCUUUAGCACAAGUCCCUGUGAAUAAAAACUUGAUGAUAGUGACUGAAAAUAAUCUUUAGCCUAAGUCCCUAUGAGCAAAAACUUGAUGAUUGUAAAGGGAAUAAAACUGAACACAAAUAUUUUAAAUAUAGAAUGAAUUUAUUUUAUGUGGAUAAUUUUCUUGUGGAGGUUGAGCUAUAAUUAUAUUAUUAAUGUAUAUAUAUUAUAUUGUACAAAGUAAUACGUAUUCGAUAACCCUUUAUUACCAUAUAAGAUAUUUGGAUAUUUUUCCUUGCAAUUUAAUUUCCUCAAUGUUUAACUCCUUGGCUAAUCUGUUCUGCUCAGUUUCUCAAAUAUUGCUGAAUAUAUGGAUACAAAUAUAUAUUUUACAUAUAUACGGCAUUGUGUAUUUAUGAAAUAAUCUCCAUGUAGAGACUAUUAUAAGGCGAAAAUGUUUAUGUAUUUUGUUUUAUGGAAUGAAUGGGACAAUCUGUACAUGUUGGAAUAUUCUGUACAUGUAUCCAACACUGAACCUAGUUAAUUGUGUUAUUACACAGGACCCAAUUCUAUUGAGCACAGUUAGGGUUUAUUAAUACUGCCUGUUCCCUGAUCCCUUUUCAUAAAUUUGAAAUAAAAUAUUGUUUACAAAAAAACCAAAAUACUGAGCGAUGUUUCGACUAGACUUUGCAAGGGUCAUUGCUUAAUAAGACUAAAGAAGCCUUGAUGAACCUCCAACAGUAAUUUGAUCAUUUCUUGAAAAUAUCAAGAGAAAAUAUCAAGAGAAUAAAAGUUGAAAUCUUGUUCAGUAGUAAAAAGUAUCAUAUCAUUGCUCGAUAAAGACUAGGGAAUCCCAGUUGAAACCUUGUUGACUAAUCAACAAUACAGUAAUUAAUUGUAUCUUUUACUUGAUAAGACCAAAGAAGCCCAGUUGAAACAUCCCACAGUAAUAAACAAUAUACCGCAAUUGUAUCUUUUACUUGAUAAAGACCAAUGAAGCCCAGUGGUGAAACGUUAAUUGUAUUCAAUAGAAUUGUCUCCUGUAUGUAUCCAAUACUACACCUAGUUAAUUAUAUUUACUUGUGUAUGUGAGUUAGAUAUUGUACUUUACUCUAUAAUUCCAAUUCUAUGGCUUUAAACUCUUACUGAAUAUAGGUUAUUGCAACAUGCUUAAGGGUGAAUCUUGCGUUUUGAUUGGUCAAUUAGACACGGUCGAUUGGACAAUAACACCCCUCUGUUUUAGUAAUAUCUUUUAAAAUGCUAAAACAUUAUGUUACAAUGCCGAUAAACACUUCCUGUUUCGCAUUUAGAGGGGUCUUGGAUCCUAAUGAUCUGAGGACAUGUCUAUUGGACAAUAACACCCCUCUAAAUGUGAAACAGGAAGUGUUUAUCUCCUAAAUUAAGUUAAAACUGCUGUGUCAAUAGAGAUAUUUUAGGUUUUGGUGUUACUUGAAAUUUAUCAUAUUUUCAGUUGUUUCAUGUUUUUUCCAGGAUUGAACAUAGUUAAUUGUUUCUUUUCAAAGAUAUUUUGGUUAUAGAUCAAACAUUUGUGUAAAGCACAUGAGGAUUCACAUUUCGCAUCACUUAGAUUUGUAGAAAGAUUAAACAACAUGACAGGGUUUUCUCUGGUAUGUAAAUAUCUGGAAUCGAUGACCCUAUCUUCAUUAGCCCAGUCAGUGCAGAAAAGUAGGACGUUAAACCAAAUUCAGUUUUUUUCAGGAAUCAAUGAUUUGAAUAGUAUGAGAUGAAAUUAAGACGCUUGUUGCAAAUCGAAUAUAAAUAUAUGAAAUGGAAAAGUGUACUUGGAACAGUUUGAUCAUUUGAUAACAUGAAUAAUUCAGCUCUUGUUUUAGGAUUAAAUUAAUUAAUAAGAGGCUCAUCGACAGAUUUUACUCUACGGAGGAAUCCAAAUGCUGCAAACCAUUUUUGGACUGAUAUUCCUUCUAGAGAUUCAUCUUCCACAGUAUUGUAGUUUGCAAGGGAUUAAAAAUCACUCAUAUGACGAUAAGCUUGAAUUGAAUAUUGACAGUAAAAUUAGUGUCUUAAGUGAUGUAAUACUUAAUGUAAUUAUAUAUUUUUCAGCCUCUUAAAUCCAAAAUGCAGUCCAUCAAUACUAAUAAAUUAGUGUCUUAAGUGAGGUAAUACUUAAUGUAAUUAUAUAUUUUUGAGCCUCUAAAAUCCAAAAUGCGGUUCACCAAUACUAAUAAAUAGAAACUCGCUAGUAUACUCCGCAAUAAAAUGACCAGAUUCAAAGCACUGUUGAAUGUAUAGAUUAAUUCUGAGUAGAUUUUUUUCAAAUUAACUGUUGAACUUGAAAUAUUUAGAAGGUUUUAAUUAUUUAUGAAUUUGUUGAUAUUUAAAUGCAAUCCAAGUGCUACUCGAUUAUAAAACGAAGAAUUUGUAGUGCUAAUUUAUUUUCGUCUUUUCUUGAAAUUUGGCUUAGUAUAUAAAGAUGGGAAUGGGGUGGUAUUGGAGAUCUUUUUUUUUGUUGUAUUUAGUUCAGUCAGGGUGUAGUAAGUUUGAGAACAAUUUACAAAUCACACUACAUAUAAUGGGCAUUUUGUUAUUGAAUCAUAUUGUUUUAUGUUCAGUGGCAUGCAGAGAGAAGGAGGUGGAGGGGGGGGGACCGAAUGGUUAGUGCGUGCACGCUGUAUCAUAAAGUCUGUCAUUGAGUCAACCGGUGUGGUUUUGAUCUUGUAUGUGACAAGAAGUAGAGUUACCUGUUCAACCUCGUGAGUUUUCUCAGGGUCCUCCGGUUUCCUCCCACUGUUAAAGCCCCCUAUGUGCAAGCGAAUUAUUGAAAUAAAAUUGAACCAUAUGUAAGUCCCAAAAAGACCUGGAUUAUGUCGAGUGGACUUUAGAUCCCAUUUGUCUCUCUCUCUCUCUAGUGCAGAGGGAGAAAUGACUGGGUAUCCCAUUUCAGGAAUGCAUCCAAUUAAAGAGUAAAAUUUGAAAUUAUCGCUGUUGACUUUGUUGUACAUGCUGCCAUAUUUGAUUUGAAUAAAACGUUUGUUUCAUCUGUUUUGACAUAUUUAAAAUGUCUUCCUUUGUCACAUUUCUGCAUACUAGGCCCAAUAUAUUUUGAGUCGUGUUGAGGGGAGGGAUACAAUCAAGGAGUUAGCCCCUGGCCUCACCAAACCUCUGCACGACAUUGCUCAUAGACCUGAACAAUAUAUAGACGAAUUGAUAUCUCAUAUAAUUUAAACAAAUGUUUGGGGUUCGCUUUGAAGGAUUUUGUUUUUAAAAUCUAUUGCUGUUUGGUUGCCUGUUGACUUUGAUAGAGCUUGUGUCCUCCUAUAAGUUUCUCUUUCCAAAUUUUAACCCUGAUAAUUAUAACUGGUCUAUAUUAUACAUACAUGUACAUGUACUAGGAUCCAGAAUGUAUUAAACAGUACAAGGGCUAAUAUGGGAUUCUUUCAUUUAUUUUUUGAUCACUAUUACACUUUGUAAUUUUAUCUUAUACUACUACUACUAGUAUAUAUAUAUAUAUAUCUUGGAAUCACCAUGGUGCAUGUGUUCAUGUGUACUUAACAAAUCAUUACUACCUGUAUCCCAAAACAGCUAAAUACAACAUCGAGAGGAAUGUACUUUUGAUGGGUUCUCUGUAUGACAACAACACCUGUACUUUGAUGUUGGAUUGUCAAGGUGAUCAUCAAAAUACCUGAAACUAAGGUUCUCAUUUAGGUUUUAUUUAUCUGUCUUGACUGAUUGUCAAAUCUGAAUCCACGAUCAUUCACAAAUCAAAAACACGUCAUGCCAGUCUUCCAUGGAAACUAAUCUGGAUUUGUAAAACUGUUUGUAUAUGACUCAACUAUGGAAACGAUUUAGAUUUUGACACAGUUUGGUUCUAACUAAGACACAUAACUCAUAACUGAUUGGUUUAGGAUUAAGACCACAAUAAAUUCUACAAGUCCUGCAUGAUAAUAUGGUUUUUCAUGAAACAUAAACAUAACUGAACAGGUCCAUGGGUAGUAAUUGAAAGGUUAGAUCCAUGGUUAUGCCAAGAUAGCCCUAAUGUACUGCUUUAUACAUUAUGGUCCCAAAAUACCAAAUAACAUGAUAGGAGAAUGCUCUUUAUCUUAUUGGUGUGAAUUUGAAUAAAUAAGUUGAUAUAUUAAAUUA